AUGGCUGCUCAGUCGACGUCGUCGACGCUACCGAAGAACAUCAUGGCGGAGCGGGAACGGAGGAAGAAGUUCAACAAAACGCUCUACGAUCUCCGAAGCGUAGUCCCCAACAUCACAAAGAUGAACAAGACGUCGGUCAUCCUCGACGCGAUCAACUACAUCCAAGAGCUUCAAGAGCAAGAGAGGUCGCUGGUGGAAGAGAUAUCAGAGCUGGAGUCGCCGAAACAGAUAACUGCACCACCUCAUGGCAUAAAGGACGAAGACCUUCUCCAUGCACAGAUGCAAAGGAGGAGAGCAGCAUCGAUGUCACCAAUCGAAGCGAUGGAAGUUAGCGUUGCAGAGAUGGGCAAUGGCAUCUCGUUGGUUAGCAUCACUUGCAACAAGAAGUGGAAUGCCAUUGUUAUGGUGCUUGAGGUUAUCGAGUCUCUUGAUCUCAGGAUCAUCACAGCCAAUAUCACUUCUAGCUUCGGAAAAGUCUUCCUCUCUCUAGUGAUUCAGGUACAGCAACUCAGCGAAGGAGGCCUCAUCGUCCCUGUGGAAGGUAUCGGGCAUACUCCGGAGCUCGUGAAUCCUCAUGACAGUGGGAUCGGAGGCAUCGUCGGCGAUUGCCGCGGCAGGAGGAGGAGGAGGAGGGUCUUGAAGCCCUAG